GUGCUGGGCAGAAGCCUUGCCUCCUCUGCAGAACAGCCCCCACCACUUGUGCACAGACAAGGCAGGAGCAAGCAACACGCUGGGACUAUCACGCUGCUGUAGUGCCCUGAACUGCUGCUACUCAAGACAGUCCAGUAAAGCGUGAUUCCAGGAAUAAGGGUGAGGCAGUCAGAACUCUGCAACACACUCAAGAAGCAGCCAUGGAGCAAGACGCAGCCACACCGGUCACCUUUCAGAUGACAGCUGAGAACUAACCUGGGAUUGCAGUGCUAGCAGCAGAUUUGAGCACCGGUGCUUGGUUUCAGAAAGCUGGGUUGCAUCCAGUUGUCGCCUGCAGAAGAUGAGUUUGGUCACCUGUAGCACCGCAACACCUCAGGAAUUUGCUGCCAUGUCUUACGGCUUGUGUCUUCUAGUUUCCCACUGUUGACUGGCUACCUCUAGGAGACACCUGGGAAAGAUGGAACUCAACUUCUCCUCUCUGAUGGUUGGCAACACGUCCGAGGCUUUGCAAGGCAUCAGCGUGGACGAUGAUGCCAUCAUACCAACCUAUGGGCUGGAGAGUUUCCGAAUUAUUAUUGCCGCCGUCUACUCUUUGGUCUGCGCGGUGGGACUGCUGGGCAACUUCUUUGUCAUGUACCUCAUCAGGGCUAAGAAAGUCGCCGGUCUCACGGCCAUAGACAUCUUCGUUUUCUGCCUGGCCCUAAGCGACUUCCAGUUCGCCAUCACCCUGCCAUUUUGGGCUGUGGAUGCCAUCUUGGACUUCAGCUGGCCUUUUGGUAAUCUCAUGUGCAAGAUUAUCCUGACUAUGACUCUCCUAAAUGUCUACAACAAUGUUUUCCUCCUUACCGCCAUGGCGGUGACCAGAUACUGGUCGGUAGCCUCGGCAAUGAGCCUUAGGUGCAGGGUCUCCACUUCUGUUGCCAAAUGGAUCAGCUUUGCCCUCUGGCUUUUGUCUGUGGUGGCCACAAUGCCAACUACAAUUUUUGCCAGCACGGAAAAAGUCCACGGGGAAGAGCUUUGUCUUCUCAAGUUUCCGGGCAAGAAGUGGCUGGCCACCUACCAUCUUCAGAGGGUCAUCAUUGCAUUUGUCAUACCUCUGGUGGUGAUAUCUUCAUCCUACAUUAUGCUAUUAAACUUCCUGCGACAACAUAAGGUCAAUGCCAACAACCAACACAGGCAAAGCAGGAUCACCAACUCGAUCCAGCUGGUUAUCAUCGUCUUCUUCAUCUGCUGGUUCCCCAACCAUGCCGGCAUUUUCUGGGGGAUCCUCAUGAAGUAUGAAGUGGUGCAAUGGAGUGAUGCAUAUUACUACUUUCAUACAUUUGUUUACCCCAUCACGGUGUGCCUUGCCCACAGUAACAGCUGCCUAAAUCCUGUGAUCUACUGCCUCAUGAGGAAGGAGUUCCGCAAGGCUCUCAAGGAUUUGUUCUGGCAAGUAUCGAGCAGGACGGUUUCCUACUUGCCCGACGGAAGUGGAAAACGUGCAGGUAUGGACCAAGAGACCACAAUGCCCCUGUUUCAAAAGUCCAGUUUCCCCCAAACUGGGAGCAAGGACUACCCAGUAGCCUCAAUCUCCACCAUAACCAUCGUUCCAGAGCUGACUAUUAAGGAUCCGAGUCAGCACAAUGCAGAGCCCAGGCGGCAGGAAACAUUGAUAGACUAGCUUGGUGCCUGUAGGUGAAGUCGGACUGCUUUCCCACUCUCAUAUGUACUAACAGACAAAAAUAGAAAUUUCUGUGUGGCCGUCUUUGAGUCAGGUCUACGUGACGGAUGCUCGGAUGGUGUGGUGUCCUCCUUUCAGUCUGUUAUUUUGCCUCUGUUACUACUACUUCAAAGUGUGUCGUUGAUUGCUGAGCAUUAAUAGGCACUUAAAGACAUCAAUACCAGCUAUCUGCCUAAUGAUCCAGAACAGUGUAUUGUUCUUAGUAAAUAUGGAUUUAUCGAGUGGCCCUUGUUUUAUAAUUGAGUCUGUUGCUGAGGUCUUGCAGAGCACAAACAGCUCAGCCGUGCUUAAACUUUAUUUUGAGACAAAUUGCAGGUUAUUGAUCAAAAGACUGUGGCCUGGCGGCCGGAAUGAACUGGGGCGGGGGGGUCUAGCAGCCCGUCAUAGAUAACAUCAGUUCUACGUGCAAUAUCAUAGACUGCAGAGCAUUUUACACAUGCAUCAUUACUGCGUAAGCAGGAGAAUGUCUCGUAGAGAAGGUUGCAUAAUUAUCUUUUUGUUACGGUCAGGGUAUCUGACAAAUUUGUUCAAUUGUUUGUUCAAUUGUUUGUACUGUAAAAAAGGAAACAAAUGAAAAAUACAUUAUCAUGUGUUGCUGGUCAAUGAUAGGUGCAAGAAAGUGGAUGCUAUACGGAGGCUUUUCUAUAUAACAAUCUCCCGUUCUCAUUCUCACUCCUCUUCCCCAGAGAUGGAACUAACGAUUGUCUUAUCAAUCAAUCAUCUGCUGGAGAGUCGCACAUCUCUGUGACAGUACGACUAACAGCUUGUCCUAAUAUUUCACAGCAGAGAAUGGGGAAAAUGGUCUUGCAUAGGGCUCUUAUCCAGAGAAGCCCAAAUUUGGGAGUACGGCUUUGGGUAUGACAGUGUUUGGUUCAUCCGUGGUAUUUCUAUGACUGUCAGUCUACUCCAAGUUGAUGUGUCUUAUUGAUCUGAUUAUUAACAUCCCAGUACUGGAAGGGGAUGUAGUUGGGAUCCCGAAUGUCAGUAUGCCGGG